AUUGGGAUUUGUAACGUCUCCAAGAUUAUUGGUGUUAUUAUUAUUGCGUUAUAUAUAGCUAAAUACAUAAACGCACGUUAUGUAAAUACUGAUCUUAACGAAAUGUGUAAUCCCAUAAUUGUAUCCCUCGAACAAACGUCAGGUUUUCUUCAAUCUGAUGAAUAUUCGAAACGUUUAGUCAUUUCAGUGAAGCUCGUUCAAAAUUGAAACAACGUUGAUCAUUAUAGUUAGCAGCUGUGAGAAUUCAGUAGGCAAACUUCAUUUUCUCACAAUUGCAUAUAAUUGUACGCUAAUGUUUCCCGAGAGAAAAUCGAAUUUUAAAUCGUUGCAAAAUACCGCACUGCUAAAUGGAAAUAUUCUUAAAUGGAUAAUUUGUAUUUCGCGGUAUUUCCGCGACAAUGUUUAUCAAUUUCCAAUAUCCAUCAAUCCAUCUUGCGUCAUUGAUCGUUGGGAUUGACGUCUCAACACAAUUAUUUGCAUUGUUAAAUCACUUCUAUUUUCGUAUCUCUGCAAUUUUGUGAAACGGUUAACGCGAGAACUUGACGACAUACUAUUUCCGACUUCCGGUUGCGUCUUUCACGUAAUGUUUGCAGAAACGGAGGCGAACAGAAACAAUAAUAAGGGAAAGCAGAUCAAGUUAUCCAAGACGUAUCCCGGUUGUCGCGAAUCUUACAAGAAAAUUUCCCACUUUCUCACGAGCAAGUUCUAAAGUUUCUAAAGAAGCCAAGCUGCUACGUAAAAUCUGUGCAAGUUUUUCAAUGUGAUUCAGUUCGAGUAUCACGUAAAAAGAUCGUUUCAAGGGAGACAUUUGAAACUUGUGUCUUGCACAUAGCACAUUUUCUUGUUGUGAUUCAUCAUCAUUCAACUGACAGAUUUCUGGACUCCCCUGGGUGCUCGUCCAUCCAUCCUGCCACUCAUAAGAGGCGCAUUCGUUUCGCAUCGUUGUAUGUCUCGUUUUUUUCUUUUUUUUUUACUGAAAUUCAAACAUCCUCAUUCCAAACGAAUCUGAGUAUGCACAACUCUAGAAAUCGGCAUGUAAUAACGUGUAUCCUGUGUAAUUUUUAAGAAUUUUCUGAUGAGAAACGUUUAACUUUUUUUUAUUUCCUCUCAAGAUAUAGUUGGAUGCAUAAUGCCAACAUUCUCUCAAUUGCACAGAGAUUAAAAGUGAUGAAUCUUUAAGUGAUAAAAAUAAUAAAAUCGUAUUAUCUAUGUCGAGAUCAACAUUUUAAACAUAAAAUAACGGGGAAAUGGUGAAAUAAGGAAUAAAAGAUUAGAAUAAGAUUGCAAUAAUUUUAUAUAUGGCAAUGUAUUCUUAGUUUAGAUAGAAUUUAACUAGACAUGCAUUAUUCGUUGUUUAAUUUCUUAAGCUAAAACCAUUAAGCUAAAGUUACACGUGCUGACGAAGAAACACAUACGGAUUGAAAAGAAAAUUCAUGAAAAAAGAUAUAAUUUUUGGAACGCGCGUUUGCGUAACUGAAGAAUACGCAUGUUGUUGAAAGGACACGCUAACAGUUAUUUGGCUUCUCCUUGAUGUGGCCUGAUGAUGUCGAAGCUACACGUGGUGCUGGUCAUGAUUCAUCGGACGUGCGGCCGCGGAUUCCCCAGUCUUCCUUCUCGCGCCAUUAUCGCAAUACCGUCCAGGAGAGGAUGUUCCUUACUUGUUUUCCUUGUUCCGUUCAUCAGCCCAGGAUGCUCGUUUCGCAGACCAGCUGAAUGACACGACCGUUUCGCGAGGUGCCCCACUACCAGAACGUGUUCAACUGUAAGCCGAGGCGUUUCGGUGAAGAACUGGUUAGUUGGUGUCUGAGUGAAGGUUCGACGAGAUUGUCGGAUUGAAGAGUUUCAAAGAUUGAUGCGUUAAAUAUCCUGAUUUUGUGACGGUGUUGACGUACUAGAGAGCUCGGAUUAUCCGAGAGAUGGCUAAAGUCAUUGUUUUAAUCACAUUGCUGGUGCAGCUAUAUUGCAUGCCGAUAAGAAUAUCCGGACAAUCUCCAUGUCCUGAGUAUUUCUCAUAUAUAACUGAUUUUACAACAGACGAAGUGCUGGGACAAAUCGUAAUCCCAUCUGCACCAAAGAAUAGAGCACUUCAUAUUAAAGUGGCCUUGAGCAUCGCCGUAGCACUGCCUACGAGCUAUGUCGGUAAAUUAGAACUGGCACAAUCAAAAGAGGAGUCUGUUGAAGCGGUUCAGCGUGGUUUGCCUUUGUUAUACCGCAUACAUUUUCCUUUGCAUCGACCGAUUCCACUAUUGACCGGGAUAUGGUUUAACAAUGAACAAUAUUGUUCGGGUCCACGCGCGAUGGGACACAUCGUGACUUCUAUCAUGCUGGAGCAUAAUCUGUACCCGCCGAACAUACCACUUUCGCAAAGUUCUAUUCCCAAUGCAUCACCGAUGUUUCCUUUUCGACCGGAUAUCUUUUGGCAACAGCCGACAAUUGGGCCAGUUUAUUCGACAUCGAAUCGGCCUACCGUUCAACGACCAAUUACUCAACGACCAAUUACUAUCCAACGACCAAAGAAGAAACCUGCCACUCCACGUCCGACCACGACUGUCGGUCUUUCCGACGGUCAACGAAAUGAGUGCGGUCGUACCGCUCAAACCAGCGACAUAAACCUUUUGAUCUCCAAGGGAGUGAAGACAUCGCCAGGCCAAUGGCCAUGGUUGGUGGCAAUCUUCCUCGUGAAAAUCGAGUUCGAGUUUCAGUGCGCCGGUUCCAUCCUGACCAAUAGACACGUUAUAACAGCGGCGCAUUGCUUCAAGUUGGAUGUUCAGGACAACGUGAAUAUACCUCCUAGCGCGAUGUUGGUGUCUUUAGGGCGAUAUCGACUACGUGAAUGGUACGAAAAGGGAUCUGUGAAUCGGGAAAUCGCGAGUUACACGAUCCAUCCUGAUUACACGCACCAAGGCACUGGUGAUUCCGAUAUAGCGAUUCUAGUUUUGAGAACUUCCGUUGAAUUCAGCCCCACGAUUAAACCUAUUUGUUUAUGGUCUGGUCCGACCAUUCUUCAGAGUGUUGUCAACAAGCCAGGAUAUGUCGUAGGAUGGGGCCGGGAUGAGCUAGGAAAUCCUUAUCUCGCGGAACCACGUAUGGCGAAAGCACCGAUAGUAAGUCAGGAGGAAUGUCUCUGGAGCGAUCAGCGUUUCGUUAGCUUCACCUCUAACCGCACACUUUGUGCCGGUUUGCGAGAUGGCAGCGGUCCUUGUAACGGUGAUAGUGGUAGCGGAUUAGUACUUUAUGAAGCAGGUCGUUAUCAAUUGCGCGGUAUCGUUUCGCGAUCAUUGUUCGACAGUAAUCAAAUGACCUGCGAUCUCACGCAGUACGUUGUCUUUGUUGACGUGGCUAAAUACUUGUCCUGGAUUCAGCAGCAGAUCCUCAGCACUUAACGCUUGUGCUUUACUCCAGAUGCAAAAUGCUAGUCGAUAAACUUUUCGGUAAGUCAAUUUAAAGCCGUAUUUAAGUUUAAUUAAAAGAAUAUUGACGAUAUAAGAAUACUAGAAAUAAUCUAAAUACUAGAAAUAAACUAAAUUAUCAAGUUGCAUACAUAUGUUACGUACGUAUGAUUAUAACGAUUCUUACUAUGUAUUAAAUGCUCAAGUGUUAAUAUGUUAUGACGUAUGUCACAUAGAACGUGUAUCACGAUGUUUAGUUAGUAUUCUGCCAUUAUCUCGCAUCAUACAUUUAUCGAACGAUUUAUUACUGCCUUUCAUUUCUUAUCAAGAUGAAAAUAAAAAGUACAAAAAUAUUGCCGAGGGAAUUGACAUAUUAUUAUAUAUGUUGGAUAUGUAUUAAAUAUAUAACUUAGCAAUAAGAUUCAUAUAUCUAUGUCAUUCUAAUGUGUAUAAACAAAUUGUUAACUUCAUACAUUUAGGAAACUUAAAUUUGUGAAGUUAACAAUUUACACAAAUAAAUUUAUCAUAUAUAUAUGUAAAUUUAUUUGCGUGUGUAACAUUCUGUACACACACACACUUUUAUACUAUUAUAAAACAGUGCGUAUUAUAUUGCGUGUAUGUAUGUGUAUCACAAAAAGUAAUUAGAAAUAUGAAUAAACAUUGGUUUUUAAAUC